UGGAUUGGGAGACGUACGUCCCACUCCGUAGCCGUUGCUUUUACUAUCAGCGUGUGAUCUGCCAUGGCGCGCUCCGGUGCUCUCCUGGUUCUUGCGCUGGCCCUCCUCCUCGUCACCGCACCGCAUGUUACCCAAGCCAUCACAUGCGGCCAGGUCACGUCUGACCUGAGCCCAUGCAUCCCCUACGCCACCGGCAAGGGGUCGCUGUCCUCCGGUUGCUGCAACGGGGUGAAGAGCCUCAACAGCGCCGCGAAAACCCCGGCCGACCGCAAGACUGCUUGCAACUGUAUCAAGACCCUCAUUUCCCGGGUCUCCGGUGUCAAUACCGGCGUCGUCUCCGGCAUCCCGGGCAAGUGUGGUGUCAGCAUCCCCUACACCAUCAGCCCCUCCACCGACUGCUCCAAGGUGAACUGAGAUCAUCUUCGGACGUGGUGGUUAACUACUAAGUACUGUGUACAAUAAAGAUGGGAGUGCAGGGAGCGCUGCUCGUCGCCGAUGUAGCUUUGUUCUUAUGCUUCUGAGCCUCCCACCGCUAUGGUGGGGUGGGUUUCACUGCCGUGCUUGCCGUGACGUAUAACGAUAUAUCAUGUUGUUUUGUCA